AUGUUUUCCAAUGUCUCUAAAAUAAAUGGUGUGAAAAGAUUAAGAGUGAAAUCUUUGAAAAAAAAUACAAAUGAUAACUUAUAUGGAAUAAAAAAAAACAAGAAAUUAAGUUCAAAAACAGCAAAAUAUAUAAAUUAUUAUUUUUUCAAGAAAAAACUAGCUGAAGAUAAAAUAACAUUUAAUAUAGAGAAAAAAAAAAAACUUGAAUAUACGCCAUCCCUUUUUCAAGUUAUAUAUAAUAUCAAAGAUAACAAAUUUUUAAAUAUAAAAAAGUGUAACAUUUUAGAACUAAAUUCGGGGAAUAAAAAUGAAGAGGAUAAAUUAAAUGCAAUAAAAAAUAAUGUAGAAAAUAAUAAAAUAAAUACAGAAUAUUUUAGUAAUAUUAGUAAUGAAGAGGUACGAGAUUGUUUAGAUAAUAAAAUAAAUUUAAAUAAUAUUAAUAAAAAUGGCAAAAUAAUAGUUAAAGAAAAUUAUGCAUAUAAUAAAAUUUUACAAAAAACUGAUAUGACAUCAAUACAACCAUGUAUAAAUAUAAGAACAGAUAAAAUGUUAAAGGAUUUGAAAAAUAUGGAUAUUGUAAAUAAUAUUAUGGACAUAAAAAAGAAUAGAGAUGUGUGCAACAUAUAUUUGAUUACAAGUUUAAUUAAUAUAUAUCAUGAAAAUAAUUAUAAUUAUUUAAUUUUAAAAAUAAUAAAAGACAUGAAAUAUAUCGUAAAUACCAUGAAUAUUAAAAUUUUAAGUCUAUUAUUAUUUAAUUUGUAUAAAUAUUAUUUAACGUGUUAUAUUAAAAAAAUUUAUGAGAAAGAUAACAUAAUAAAUUUGAAAUCAUAUUUGAAUUUGUUCUAUAUACUAGAUCACGAUUUAAAUAAUUUGAAUGAGCAAAGGUAUGGAUUUUUAAAUAUUAAUAUAAUAAAAAAUUUCCUUAUAUCUAUAUCUUAUAAUAUUGAAAAGAGUUUAUAUUAUGAAAGAAAUAUGUCUGUUUUAAGUAAAAUAAUUUUUGUCUAUUCUUUUUUUUUGGAUAAAAAUUAUAAAUUAUUUGAAUUGUUAAUUGGAAGGAUAUUCAAAAGUUUGAAAAUAAAAAAGGAGAAAAAUACAAAUCCGAAUAAUCUUUUUAUUAUUCGCAUCAGGAUCGAAAACAUAUCUUUAAUAGCGUUGUCUUUUGAAAAGUUGAAAUUAUAUUCCGCAAAAUUUACUUUUUUGCAUUCUUAUAUAAUUUUGAGAAAAGUAAAUAGAUUAAUAAAAUGUGCUGAAAAGGUAUUAUUAAAUAAAAAAAAAAAAAUAUUAAAAAAAAAAAAUUUAAAGCAUAUAAAUUUAUUUCCUAUGUAUUCCCGUAAUAAAUUGGAUAUAAAGUUGCCACUAAUAAAUUUAAAGGAUAUUUUUAUUUAUUUAUAUAUUAUGAAUAAAAAUAAUAUAAAAAAUAACCGUUUUAUAAUAUCCAUCUUAAAAUAUGCACAAAUAUUUUUCAAAGCAGAUUUUGAAAAUGACAAAAAAGGUUAUAUAUAUUCAUAUUCUCAAAAUGCUGCUCGAAAAAAAAAUCAAAUUAACAAUAAAACAGGGUAUUUGAAUAUUCAUGACAAUUCAUUAAAAUGUUUUAGAGAUUCUUUAAACUUAUCAAAUGUGAGAAAUAUUGGUAAAAAAUGGAAAACUGCAAAUGCUUAUGAUAAUGAAAAAGUGAGUAUAUUUAACAGUUAUAAGUGUAUAGUAUUGAAAAAAAAUAAAAAUAAAAAAAUAAAUAAAAUGCUAGCUUUAUAUUCACUAUAUAUAGCUAACAAAAAUGAACAAAAAAAGUUAAAAAAAUGCCACGAUAAUAAUAAUAAUGAUAUAUUUCCAGGAAAAAUAAAUAAUAGUAAUUUUAUUAUUGAACAGGUAGAUAAUGAAAAAAAAAAUAUGGAAAAAAUAAAAUUGUCUAAAAUUAACGAAGAUAUUACGAUAAAAAAUGAUCAAGAUGACAUAUUUCCAUUUUUCAUAACUAACAAAAAAAUUUUGAAUUGUUAUUUGAUAGAUUUAAUAGAUAUGUGUAUUUUUUUAAAUUAUUUAAUUAAUUAUGAUUAUAUAUUUUUGAAAAAGUUUGAAACAUUUAAUUGUUUAACAAAAUUAUAUAUAGAUUUAUUAAGAAAAACAAAUUUGAAGGAAAUUCAUUUUUUUUAUUUGUUCAGAAUAUUUGAAAUAAAUAGGAAAUUAAAUAUAUACAAUAAUUUUUUAACCAAAUUAUUAUAUUCAUCUAUUUAUUUUAAAUGUAAAAAAAUAAUUGAUAUUAACACAAAUAAAUUUAGUUAUAAAAUAAGUUAUGUGAAUAGUUUGAGCAAUACAAAUGUUUUUUUUGGCAAUUUAUAUGAGCAACAUACAUGUAAUUAUUUGGCUAAGACAUAUAUAGAAUUGUUAAAAAGCAAAAAUAUAGAUAUAAAAUUAUUUAAUUCUAUUAAUAAAUGUUUGUCUAUUUUUUUGGAAAACAGGGAAAAUUUCCCAAUUAAUUAUUUGACGCUUUAUAAAUAUUUAAAAUUAUUAUAUAUACUAUAUGAAAAUAAUAUUUGUUCGAAAAACAUAAAUAGAAAAAAACAAAAUGACGAUCAAACUAGGAAAGGUAAUAAUGAAAAUGUAACAUUGGAAAUAAAAGAUAAUAUCUUUAAAUAUUAUGAAAGUUAUAUAUUUUUUGUGAUUAAAAAUUUAGAGAAUAUAAACUGGGAUACAUUAAAUAAUGAGUAUGUAUUAAAAUUUUUUAAAUAUAUAAAUAAUUUAACAAAAAAAAAAAAAAAAAAAAUAUAUGAUUUAAAAAUUUGUGAAAAAGAUUGGAAAAAGAUUGAGCAAGUAAACAAAAAAUUAUGUAUCACAAUAAAUAAAAGAAUAUGUAAUUUAAAUUUGUUAGAAAUAAUAAAAUUGUAUUUAUAUAGUAAUUAUAAUUUUCGAAAAAAUAUAUUUUAUUCAAAUAAUUUAUUUAAAAAUAUAUUACAAUAUAGUAAUAUUAUUAAUGAAAAAAUUCAAGACGAAUGUAUUUUUAUCUCAAUUUUUAAAAUAACAAUCCAUGAAAUUUGCCUAAAUUUUCAAAAAGAAUAUAAAAAUAAAAACACACUUGUAGAAAAUAUAAAAAAAUAUGGAAUGAUAAAAUCAAUUAAUAGAAAAUAUUUGAAAAAAAUAAAAAACAAUGAGUAUUCAGAAAAAUAUGGAUAUUGGACACUUGUUUUGGAUUUGUUAACUUUGAUCAAAAAACACAUUAAAAAUAAUAUUAAUCAAAUAAAAAAAAAACAUAUUUAUUUAAUAUUAAUGCAAUUAUUUUUUUGUUUAAGCGUUAUUUUUAAACGAAAUAUAUGGGUGUGUACAAAUUGGAGAAAAAUAAAUUUGGCUACGAAAAAUAAAGGAGAAAUAUUUCGAUCAAAUAAUAUAAAAAUAGAUUAUAAAAUAGUGGAAAAUUUAUUUGAAAUGAUAAAUAUAAUUUUAAAAAAAGGAUGGGUUUGUAACAAUGAUGAUAAAAACUUUCUUAUAUAUAUAUAUCUCUUAUAUUUUAAUAGAAUAAUAAUAAAAAAUAAAGAAAUAAAAAUUAAAUUUUUAAAAAAAAAACAAGGAAAACAAUUUUUACAAACAACACAAAAUUAUAUAGAUGAAUUGAAUAAAAUAUUAAAUAACCCUUUAGCUAAUUCAAGUAUAGCAUAUACAAAUGCAUUAUUAUUAUUUUUUUUAUUUAAAUAUAAUAUUUUUUUAAUAAAUUAUAAAAGUAGAAAAAGUAAAAAUAAAAUGUGUUUUUCUAUUAACAAUCCAAUAUUAUAUCGUAAUUUACUAAAUUGUAAAAACGAUCAUAAGUUAUUUCAAAUCUUAUUUUUUACAAUAGUUUAUAAUUAUACUAUUUUAAACAACUAUAACUUAACUUUUCUUUAUACACCUUGGAAUUAUUUAUACAGCCAUUCCACUGAAGAAGCUCAACAGCAUUCUACAUUUGCUUUAGAAAAAUAUUCAGAAAAUAAUUUUUACGAAAUAAUUCCAAACAACAAAUCUACAUUAUAUUAUAAUGUAGAUGAUUGGAAUAACUUAGCAAGCAUUUUACAAAAACAUUGUAAUACAAGUUCAACAAAUAUUUUAUAUCUUUUUAUUUGUCGUAAAAAAGAAAUUGAAUAUUCUCUUAAAUUAGCAUUACUGCGUACAUCCCAUUUGACUUUUCCAUUUUGUAAAUGA